AUGGCCCGUGCGUCAGCACCUCACGUGGUAGUCCAACGUCGCGCGCAGCAAAGCGCUGAGAGUAAAGCGCUGAAGCUCACAACACCACAAAAAGGCCUCUUCGCCGCGUCCUGCUCUCCGGCUUUGUGUCCCCGAGGCCCUCUCCCGCUCGCGAAUGCCGCUUGGGGAGGGGUAUGCCGUGAGCUUUGCCAGUGCUGUCGCCGCCACCCACCAGUCAAGGUGGUCGCCCACUUCAUUGCGCCCAGCUCCGCCGAGUCUGCCCGACCCGAUGAGCCGCAGUGUUACAACUGCGGUGGCAUGGGACACUGGGCUGUUGCCUGUCCUGAGCCAACACGCGAGACGCCAGCUGGCCUUGCGGCUUGGAGGAAUGCCUCUGCGACGCGACAAGGAAGCGGCCGCGCGCAGCACAAUGAUGGCAGAAGGUCCAAAGGACCCAUCAUCACCAAGUACGGCCCUCCACCGCCGCCAACAGGCUAUGGCGCGCAUUUCCCGCCGCCUCCUGGAUAUCCACCACCUCAUAGUUCUUACACGGCACCUCCGCCGCAACCUCCAACUCAUCCUCACUAUCCGCCACAAUAUCAUUACCUUCCAGGUCAUGGGCAACCACCACUGCCCCCGCCUCCACCUCCAAGCCACGGACAUCACUACCCGCCUCCCGCUUACCAUCCGCCACCAGAGUCUUAUCAUGGGCAGCAGCCACGGUCAUCCUAUCCAGGGCCCUCACCAACAUAUGGCGCACCGCAUACAGCACCGCAUACAGCACCGCAAAACUACGGCGGCUAUCCGUACUCAACACAAGACAGCCCGCAGUUCUUCCCGCCUCGGCCAGCGUACAGCGGAUCAUACACGCAAGGAUCUGGCAGCGGCCAAAAGCGUCAUCAUCAACGACCACAACCGACUCACAGAAACUCUGCUCCGUCACCUCCAAAGUCACACACCUCUCAGGUAGCAUCCUCACCUCCCAAACCACCUGCGUCCUCUCCUCCUACACACAUUGCUCAUGCACUACCACCGAAGCCGCCAAAAAGUGUUCAUGAUAUUGACCACGGGCGCGAUCAAAGGAACAAUAAACGGAAACAUGACCAUCAAACAAGACCCAGAGAUAUUAAAGAGCACCAUCCUGGGAGAAAUCAUGGAAGCCCGAAAAUCCCCCCAGUCAUCCAUAACAAUCAUCAUCAUCAGAGCAACGCAAGUGCUCAACAUCACCAAGGGCCCCAGAACAGACUAGGAAAACAAGGGAGCAACAGGAGACGCUCCUCUGCGGGCAAUCACGGAUCGAACCAGCCGCGAAUGCAACGGCAACAGUCAAAGGAUUCGCUCACACCGCAGGCCACGGGGCCACAGAGCUCGCCUCAACUCAAUAACGAAGAUCGCAGACCCAACAACAAUGGCGAGACGCACCAUGAGCACCAUGAUCAGCACAAAACUGCCGAUAGACCCAAGGAAGACUCCAAUCCGCCAAAAGCGGCCGAGACAAGCCCGAUCCUCAUACAGAGUGUUCCUUCGCUGCCACCAAAGCCCAGCCUGGUAGUGGAAGCAUAUGUGCCCAAGGCUCCAGACGAGCGCGCGACCAGGCACCCCCUCGAUUCCAUCAGACUAUCCGAGAGAAAUGUCUCCGACGUCGACGGGAACAAAGAAAGGGACCGUGAUGAUAGAAGCUCUACUGCUAGACAUGGAACAAAAUCCGAAUCAUCAGCGCAAGAAGAUGCUGAAAGAGAUGAAAGGCCACUUAAGAGGUUUCGCCGCGACAGCCGUGACCGGUCGCGGAGUACUAGUAGACACCGAGACAGCGACGAUUUGCCUCCUCUGAACCGACGGAGGUCGCGCUCGGUCCAGCGACGGUCCAGCCCUUCUCGUUCGCCCAGAUCAAGAAAUUCGUCCGUCUCAAGCCGGUCUUCGGAUCUCAACUCACUCGAAGCGGAGCUGCUAGGUGUGUCAGCUCGCAGGCCGUCGACAGAAUCAGAGCAGCGGCGUCGGCCCGAGAGAGUCGCUCCACCUAAGGCCAAGCGUCGAAAACCUACCAAUUCGGCAUUUAGUACUGGAGUUUUUGGGUUGAAGGUAUACUCUCUCAUCGAUACCCGUCACGUUGCUCUUUCCUCCCUCCGUUAUUAG